GUGUACGCGUAUUACAUCUCGCUCUCUCCCCUUCUCCUCUAUUCCCUCACUCCUUCAUUCCUGAACCAUAUCUUGUCGGCGUCUUCAGACCUCGCUCCGACCUUCUCAACUCAUAUAAACACCUUCACAUCAUCCUACUCACUCUCACCCCCUCCCAUCAUCCCCCUUCCUCCUCGGACCCAAAAACACCACCAAACACAACACAACACCCGAACAUGGUCCACCUCGCAACCGUCAACACGCCCCCCGACUCGGGCUCCGGCUCCGAGGACUCGGCCACCGCCGCCGACCUCAAGAGCGUCCAGCAGAAGCUCAGCAAGGUCCAGCUCCAGCUCGCCGACGAGGACGACUGCUUCACCACCAGCGUCUACGGCUCCCGCUUCGCCAACCAGGACCUGCCCAGGAGCGAGAUGCCCGAGAACGAGAUGCCCAAGGAGGUCGCCUACCGCAUGAUCAAGGACGAGCUCAGCCUCGACGGCAACCCUAUGCUCAAUCUUGCCUCCUUCGUGACGACCUACAUGGAAGAAGAAGCCGAGAAGCUCAUGGCAGAGAGCUUCAGCAAAAACUUCAUCGACUACGAGGAAUACCCCCAGUCCGCCGACAUCCAGAACCGCUGCGUCUCCAUGAUCGGCAAGCUCUUCCACGCCCCCGUCGGCGCCGGCGAGGGCAUUGGCGCCGUCGGCACCUCGUGCGUCGGCUCCUCCGAGGCCAUCAUGCUCGCCGUCCUCGCCAUGAAGAAGCGCUGGAAGAACCGGCGCCAGGCCGAGGGCAAGCCCGUCGACCGCCCCAACAUCGUCAUGUCCAGCGCCGUCCAGGUCUGCUGGGAGAAGGCCGCCCGCUACUUCGAGGUCGACGAGAAGCUCGUCUACUGCGCGCCCGACCGCUACGUCAUCGACCCCGAGGAGACGGUAAACCUCGUCGACGAGAACACCAUCGGCAUCUGCGCCAUCCUCGGCACCACCUACACCGGCGAGUAUGAGGACGUCAAGGCCGUCAACGACCUGCUCCUCGAGAGGAACCUCGACGUCCCCAUCCACGUCGACGCCGCCAGCGGAGGCUUCGUCGCCCCCUUUGUCGUGCCCGACCUCGAGUGGGAUUUCCGCCUCAAGAACGUCGUCUCCAUCAACGUCUCCGGUCAUAAGUACGGCCUCGUCUACCCCGGCGUCGGCUGGGUCGUCUGGCGGUCCGCCGAGUUCCUCCCCCAGGAGCUCGUCUUUAACAUCAACUACCUCGGCGCCGACCAGGCCUCCUUCACCCUCAACUUCUCCAAGGGCGCCUCCCAGGUCAUCGGCCAGUACUACCAGCUCAUCCGCCUCGGCAAGAAGGGCUACCGCGCCAUCAUGUCCAACCUCACCCGCACCGCCGACUACCUCACGAGCUCCCUCGAGGUCCUCGGCUUCGUCAUCAUGUCCAAGCGCUCCGGCGAGGGGCUGCCCCUUGUCGCCUUCCGCUUCGCCGACCGCGAGGACCGGAGCUACGACGAGUUCGCCCUCGCCCACCAGCUCCGCGUCCGCGGCUGGGUCGUGCCCGCCUACACCAUGGCUCCCCACACCGACGACCUCAAGAUGCUCCGCGUCGUCGUCCGCGAGGACUUUAGCAAGUCGCGCUGCGACGCCCUCAUCAACGACGUCAAGCUGUGCCUCGGCCUGCUCGAGCGGAUGGACCAGGACUCCGUCAAGCGCCAGCAGGACUACAUUCACGAGCACCACCUCACCAGCACAAAGUCUUCCCACAACCACCCGAAGUUCCGGAAGGAAAAGCAUUCCAUUCAGGGGAAGACUGGCAAAACGCAUGCCAUUUGCUAAGCCCUCUGCGGGGCUGCUAUCACAAGGACGGCCAUGUACGUACGGUACGAAGUCAACGGCUGACACGACAGACGACACGCGCAUCAUGGCCAGCGGCGGUGAAGGGUACGGUCCGGAUGGGUUGGUAAAGAGGAAGGAAAAGGCUGACGGAUAUCCAAGGCUCAGGCGGGGUUGUCAUAUUUGAUGUGUGUUACAUAUGCUGGUCUAUGAACCCGACGUUUUGGUAUGCGUUCUACAUCCACCUGAGGUCCCGGCUAGUCCACAAAUACAGAAGAACACACCUGCUUUUUAUAUCUACCUGUCUCACCCCACCAACCUCACCAAUGAUGAGGUCAAUGGUACCGGGAACCACGUUAGUCGAUGUCAAGCUGGGGUAACUAUGAGUAACAGCACCCUGCAACAUCACACAAAGAGCCCUGCUAUGUAAGAC